AUGGAUCGAGUUCGUCGUUUAUUUGCUAAAACAAAUACAUAUCAUCGAUUAUCUGAAAUACCUUCAUUAACAACAUUUGGUAAUUUCACCAGUACAAAUAAUAUGCUUACACCCAAUCAAGAUCAUCCGAAAAAAAGUAGUGUUUUUGAAAAACUUGGACAAAAAAUAACUACUAUUAAAGAAGAUAUUGCUGAUAAUAUUGAACGUCGUAAACAAUCACAUAGUAAUGCUAAUAAUAAUCAAAUACAUUUUAUUACACGUCCAAAUCAAUCAGAAGAAUCAUUAAUUAUUGAAAAAAAAUCUUCAACACCAAUUGAAAUUCGUCAAAGACAUGCUUCUGGUGAUGAUGGUUCGAUUACAGAACGUUCGAAUUCAGCAUCUCAAUUAGCAACAGCCGUUACAAAAAAAACAACAAAUGAAACAUCAACUGUUUCAACAACAGAAACAGUUCUUAGUAAUUCAUUUCAAGAUAUAUUUUCAACAGAAAACAGUGAACGAGCAAAAGAUAUGAUUAUAAAUAAUAUACGUCAAGGAUUGAAUCGUAGUUGUAGUGGAGCACUAAGCGAAAGUGGUUCAGAUGAUUAUGUUACCAAAAAAACUGAUACAAUUGAAACAACAAUUAAAUCAAAUAUUGUAAACAAUGAUAAAAAUAAACAAAAUAUAACUAUGUUAUUAGCUGGACCAAAAUUUCGUCAACAUACUAUUGAAUCAGAAUCGAAUUUCAAACGUGAUACAAUUUAUCCAACAUCAUUUAUUGUUGGUAUUAUUUCAAUAAUAAUAAUAUUAUGGAAACCAUUAUCACCACUUCUUAGUGGUUUUAUCCUUGGUUUUUUGUGUGCUUCAUCUAUUGCUUAUAUUAUUAUACGAAUGUAUCUUAAUAUCAAAGCUAAUGAAUUAAAUGCACAUGAAUGGAUAGAUUUUCCAGAAUUAGAAACAAUACUUCAAGAUAAAAUCAUUAAAGUAGAGAAAUAUAAAAGUGUACCUAUAUGUUGCGAAGUUGCUUUUGGACAAUAUGAUCCUGAUCAAGAUGAACAAUUUAUACGAUAUCCAAUUGUGAUGCUUCUUGAUGAUGAUCAUCUUAUUAUUCAAUUACCAACAAAAACUAAAUCAGAAGAAAAAAAAGAUAAAGAAAUUAGAUUUGUUGGUCAUCGAGAAUAUUUAAUUAAAGAUGCCAAAUUGAUACUUGUUCCCGAAGCAACAUUAUCUCGUGUAAAAUAUUGGGUAAAUGAGUAUCCCAUUGUAAUAAAAAAUGCAGAAAUAUUAAAUAAAGAAAUAACUAAUAAACAAAAUUAUGAAAAAUCAAAAUCUGUUGCCGAAGAAUUUUUUAAUAAUUCUCAAACAACAUUAAGUAUUUUCUUUGAAACUUGUCCUGAUAAAGAAGAUUGGUUUUAUAAAUUAUUAUUUGCUUCACGUAAAAGUAAAGAAGAAUCUGAAAGUUCUAAUCGUUCAUUAAUAAAUAUAUCAUUAGUUCCACAAAUUUCUUCAUCGUCAUCUUCACCAUCAAUUGAUUCGAUUACUCCGAGUAAUUCUGAUACACAUAUUUCAACAUUAGGUUCUCGUACUACUUCAAAACAACCUAAUACAAUUAAUAUUGAUAGUCCUACACGAAAGAAAUCCUUUGAUACAAUUGGAUCACCAUAUUUUGAUACAGCAUCACCAGAAAAAAGUCAAACAGAAAUACUUCGAAGUCAAAUAAAUGAAAUUGAUAUUGUUAGUGAUAUGGCACAAGCUCGUAUUGGUGCUCAAGAAUUACGUGCAGAUAUAUUAGAAAAAGAUAAAAAACAAAAUGAUAAAGAUUCAGAUAAAGAUUCUUUUGGUUCACAACGUACAGGAUCAAUAAAAAAAAAAUUUCGUAAACAACAAGAAAAUCUUGAUCGUGUACUUAGUUCAUCUGAUUGUCUUAAUGAAGCAGCUAUAACAUUAAAUUUUCUUGUACGUCGACUUUUUUGUGAUGUUUUUCAAGAACCAUUAUUUAAAGAUUUAUUAAAAGAAAAACUUGAGCUUAAAUUAAAAGAACUUGCUGUAAGUGUACUUGAAGAUUUACAUGUUGAAACAAUUGAUAUGGGAAAUACAUAUCCUGUUAUUCUUAAAGUUGAACCAAUGCAAUGGAAUAAUAAAGGACUUUGGCUUAAUUUAUUUCUUUUUUAUCGAGGCAGUUUCAAAAUUACAAUCCGAACUCGUAUAGUUCUUCAAAGAUUGCUUAAUACAAAUGUAACUAGUGAUCCAUCAAUGCAUUAUCAACAUCGUUCAGGCCAAAUUGUAUAUAAAGAUGAUGAACGUACAGACAAUGAUGAGAAUACUGUUCAACGACAAAAAUUCUUAGCUAAAGAUCCUGAAAUACCUGAAAAUGCGGCUGCACGAAAAUUAGGUAUAAUAUUAACAAAAGUAGCUGGAAAUAAACAUUUUCAACGGUUUGCUGCUUUGAAACCUGUUGCUGGUGUUAUAGAAAAAUUAUCGAAUGCUGAUGUUGGUGCAAAUAUUGAAUUAAUGAAUUUUAAUGGCAUUAUGACAAUUAACAUUCCACCACCACCAAGUGAUCGUAUAUGGAUUGGUUUUUCUGAAAUGCCUGAUUUAAAUCUUAAAGUAACUCCGGUAUUUGGUGAAAGUAAAUACUCAUAUACAUUAAUUCAUGACUUUCUUGAAUCACAAAUUCGAGAUGAAAUCAAACGUCUUCUUGUUCUUCCAGCAAUGGAUGAUCAAUUAUUACCAUUUUUUCGUGAUUGGGUUAUUGAUAUGAUGAGUGAAAUUGCUACAAAAUCAUUGAAUAAAAAUCUUAAUCAAGCUGAGGGUGUAGAGUCUUAA